AUGAAACUUUUUUUUGAACUCAAGUCUUAUGAAAAUAUUUUCCGUCGCCAAAAUCACUUCCGACUUCCAUUUAAUAGAAGAAUUUUAAAAUGUUUACUUUUAACUAGUCACUUGAGGUUUCGCAUUAAUGUUAAACUACCUCUUAAAGUAACACAACACAAUAAUGUAAAUUCUCGAAGGGAAGAAUCAGCUCUUGAAGAAUAUUUUUGUUUUAUAAAAAAGGAACAUCAAACGGACAAGCUCUUCCUUAAGACAGUGAGUGAAAAGCAAAAUUUCUGGUGCGUAACGAUGCAGGAUGGAAAGGCAGAAAGAAAAGUUGAAAGACAAAAAGUAACAUCGAGUCUCGCUUUCGCUGUUGAUAAUUUCAUUUGGAAGGUUCAGUACUUUAAAAUGUAA